CUUUGAGAUUACCUUUCUCUCGCCUUCUCCUCUGCUCUCUGCUUCAGAGUUUCUUAGGGUUUCUCGUCUUCUCCAAAAGCUUCCUUCAACUUCCAAACAUGGUUCUUCAAAACGAUAUCGAUCUUCUGAACCCGCCGGCGGAGCUUGAGAAGAAGAAGCACAAGCUCAAGCGCCUCGUGCAAUCCCCCAAUUCGUUCUUCAUGGAUGUGAAAUGCCAGGGCUGUUUCAACAUAACUACUGUGUUCAGCCACUCGCAAACUGUGGUGGUGUGUGGGAACUGCCAGACUGUAUUGUGCCAGCCAACAGGUGGGCGUGCUAGACUCACUGAAGGAUGCUCCUUUAGGAGAAAGGGAGAUUAGAAGUCUUUUUAGUUUGUUUUUCCCUCUUGCUUUGGCGCUAUGAUGAUGGGAGAGAAGAGUUUUAUUUAGUUAGUUUAAAAGGGAUUGGAAUGAAGUUAUCCUCUUAGUCUUUCGUUUGCUAUUUUGAUUUUGGUUCAACUUUCUUGAAACUCCUGAAAAUUUGCUACUUAAGUCCUGCAAUUUUUGUUUUUGUUGUUUCUGUGGAUCCAUUGGCUUCUAAUUUAAAGAUAUGCAUAUUUUUUUGUCUCA